GGGAUCAUGGUGCUAACAGAGCUGCCGGGAGAACUGGGACCCACUCAGACCUGUGCCUGCCUGUGAGUUCUGAUGGUCUGAUACUUUCACAUACAUUAUUUCUUUAUCCCUCACAACACACCAAAAAGGUAAACAUUACCCCCAUUUUACAGUUGAGAAACUAAGGUACAGAGAGGCUAGGUAGUAUAUGAUGGUCACACAGGAUUUAAGGCUACACUCAUGAGUUUUGGGCCCUAUUUCUAUGUCUGUUUCAUUCCCAUUCUCCUGUACUCACUAAACACCAAGGGGUAUGGCAACCCCUACCCCUGCUUUCCCUCCACUCCCCCAAAGUUCCCAUUUGGCCAGCCCCGUGAGAGAAGCCAGCCCCAGCCCCAACCUCUCCUCCCUCUCCCUUGGUUCUGCAGGCCAGUCCUCGCCUGCUGGGAAGGGUUAACAAGGAGUGUUUGUAGCAGCCGCUGUCUCCAAGGAGAGGGGAGGAAAGCAGAGUGGGGAGGCCGGCAGCCACCCCAGGCUCUGUGGCCGCAGCCAGCAGAGGGUAGGAGGCAGCCAGCUUGAUCUCUCCAGCUCUGGGGAAAGAGAGGAGUGUCCUCACUUCCAUCUGGCCUCAGAGGGGUGAACUCUGAGUGGACUGGGCAGCCUGAGAGCAAGGUUGCUGCAGGGCCACCAGGGAAAGCUCUGGCAAGGACUGAGGAAUGUGGGGGAGCAGGGGCUGGGCCAGGCCUGGCAGCUGAAGCCAGUGGCAAGUAGCAGCACUGGAGGUCCCGGGCUCUCAGCGAGUACACGGGAACCUCAGAAUCAGGAAGAACCCAGCUGAGACCCAGCAGCAGCGGGAGGAAAGAGGCGGCAGUGGGAGAGGGGAGGUGCCCACCUCCUCCCCUGCUAGGGUCCAGCCAUGUCCCAGCCUGCGGGAGGCAGGAGGAAGCCCAGGACCCUAGGGCCGCCUGUGUGCAGUAUCCGGCCUUUCAAGUCGAGUGAGCAGUACCUGGAGGCCAUGAAGGAAGACCUGGCUGAGUGGCUUCGCGACCUCUAUGGGCUGGACAUCGACGCAGCCAACUUCCUGCAGGUGCUGGAAACGGGCCUGGUGCUGUGCCGACACGCCAACGUUGUCACUGACGCUGCCCUGGCCUUCCUGGCUGAGGCACCUGCCCAAGCCCAGAAGAUUCCCAUGCCCCAGGUUGGGGUCUCCUACAAUGGGGCCGCCCAGCCAGGUACCUUCCAGGCCAGGGACAAUGUCUCUAACUUCAUCCAGUGGUGUCGAAAGGAGAUGGGCAUCCAAGAGGUGCUGAUGUUCGAGACGGAGGACUUGGUGCUGCGCAAGAACGUGAAGAACGUGGUGCUGUGUUUGCUGGAGCUGGGCCGCCGGGCGUGGCGCUUUGGUGUUGCGGCGCCCACACUCGUGCAGCUGGAGGAGGAGAUCGAGGAGGAGGUGCGGCGGGAGCUGGCCCUGCCCCCGCCCGACCCCUCGCCGCCAGCGCCCCCCAGGCGCCAGCCCUGCCACUUCCGCAACCUGGACCAGAUGGUGCAGAACCUCGUGAGCCACUGCACGUGCCCAGUGCAGUUCUCCAUGGUCAAAGUGUCUGAGGGGAAGUACCGUGUGGGUGACUCUAACACCCUCAUCUUCAUCCGGAUCCUCCGGAACCAUGUGAUGGUACGUGUAGGGGGCGGCUGGGACACACUGGGCCAUUAUCUGGACAAACAUGACCCCUGCCGCUGCACAUCCCUCUCACACAAGCCAGGCAGCUUCCUGAAGCCCCCGGCCCCACCAGUGCAGCAUGAAGUAAGGGUACAGGAUGGACCCUCACAGACCCAGCCUACAAUGACCAUCAGCCGCUCACAGAGUCCACCACCCCCUGUGGACUGGAAGACAUAUACCUCUUCAGACCGAAGGCUGAGGCCCCCCACCCCAUCCUCCCCCAGACCCCGCAGGGAACGGGGAGCAGGGACGGGGGCCUCCAGAGAGAUGGCACCAUUCCUGAGGUGCCAGGAGAGGUCUCUCAUCCCAUCUUGGAGGCAGCCGACAGCUGGGGACAGCCCACCCAGCCCCCAGUCCUCAUCUACCCAAAAAGGCCGAGACCCACAGUGUACCUUGUCAGGAAAGAGGGAGGAGAGAUACCCCCCUGAACUCCCCAGGGGAAGGAUUCCCACAUCUUGGGUUCAUGAAGAAACAGACAGCUGGGGAACCGAUGCCGGGAACCCCACCCCACAAAGACUCCGAGCCAUUGAGGCCACCACCAAAGGGAUAUCAGCAAGAGGACCAUCUCCCCUGCCUCGUUCCUUUGGCCCAGCCGAGUGCCUGGGCCUCAGGCUGCCACUCCGGGAUGAGGCCAAGGGUGCGUUCUUUCAGUUCAGGGAGCCAGAGUCUGUCCGUUCUCCAACCCCUGUCCAAGGCCUAACCAAGAUCCCCAUCCGGCUGCCCCCUGCUCGCCCCCCGACACCAGGAAGGAGCUUUCCUGGUGCUACAAGUGGAAGUCCCAGGACAGAACUUGGGAGAGACCCCAUCCCACUAAGGGCCGUCACUGUGGACCUGGCUGGGUCCACGCAUGGGGACUGCUCUGUGGAAGUGAGGCAGGAGGACCAGCAGCUGGACAUCCAGGUCAUGGCAGAGGCCAGAGAGUCCUGGGACCUGGGCCCACAGGAGCACGAGGGGCGGUACACACCUCUGCCCUUGGGCAGGAACAAGGAGCAGGCCAUCUACUGUAGCCUUGAAGAGGAGAUUUUGGGCAACAUGAAGCUGCUAGAAGUCAGGAGUGCCUGUCUGCAGGGCACAAGGUCUGGGGUCAUCCCUCGCAGUGGGGUCUACAUCCCCAGGCUGGUUGGGCAGUGGCCUGAGCCUGGGGGUCCUUAUGACAAAGUCAUCCAAGAACUGGCUCAGGGCCCCCCAUCCCUCCUUAAAGUGGACCUGGAAGCCUGGAAGGCAGCCCCGACUGGCUCCCCUAAGCCAGCUGUUACCCCAGGACCGGGAAGCCUCAAAGGGAAGUUGGGAGCCAGACAGAGUGGGCCCAGGACAAAGGCAAGCCUGAGUGCCAAGGGCACCCACAUGAGGAAGGUCCCACCUCAGGGAGGGCAGGACUGCUCGGCUUCUACUGUGUCUGCCAGCCCGGAGGCCCCCACACCUUCGCCCUUGGACCCCAACUCUGACAAAGCCAAGGUAUGUCUGAGCAAGGGCAGGAGAACUCUCCGAAAGCCCAAGAGGGUCCCGUCCAUCUACAAGCUGAAGCUGAGACCCAGGAUUCGGCCCCGGAGAGACCACAGGCCUGAGAAGCAGCCUUCACGAAUCCCCAAGCCACUGGCCUAUGUCUUCCUGGGUCCAGCCAGGCAGCCCCCCAAGGACAGGCUGUUGAGAGCUGUGCUGGGCAGCAAGGGAGGGGAGGCAUCCCGGGUGGAUGGAGCUUCAGUAGGUGAGGAGGAGGAGGAAGGAAAGGAGGAGAAAGAGCCAGCCGCUCCAUUGGAGAGCAGCCCCCAACCUCCAGAGGGCCUGCAACCUCACUGGCUUAAUCAAGCUCCACUUCCACCUGAGGAGGAGUCCUGGGUCUGAGGCACAUGAACGUGUUGGGUAGGAGGGAAGCAAAAAGGAUGGCCAUGUAUACACUGGAUUCACAGCUGCGGGAACAGAAGGGAUGUUCCCUCACCUCCACACAGGGCCUUGGGCAGGAGUGGGUCAGAAGACAAAUAUAGACUCCAUCUGCUCAUCUGAGCAAAGGGGCAACCCAUUGCUCUCACUCCAACUCCAGAGGUAGGCCAGGGGCAGUAGGACCAUCCUAUAUCUCAUUACUCUCCCCUAGAACGGCUCACCACACUCCUGGCCUCUGGCCCCUGGCCAUGCCCACCUGUUUCCAUAACUCCCAUAAGUUAUUAAAUGCAUGUGAUUCUG